AUGACUUCUGAGAUAGACUUUCAAGCCGCCUUAAGCUCCAGAGACUGGACAAUCGCAGGACUUCACAAUGAAAACAUCAGACUAUCCCAACAUGUGAAUGUUCUCACUGCUGAGCUUAACAAAUUAGAGGCAGUUCAUCAACAUAGCAACUGGAAAGCUAGCCAGCUUCAGAUUGUGCUGAAUGCUAACAUGCAAAGGAUGCAGGAAGCUGCGAUCUGCAUAAGGGCAAAAGACGAGACGAUCACGGCAUUGCAACAAGAAAUCAAGAAGCUGUCAGAAAACAUCAAGACUACUGCUGCUGAGCUUCAGAAAAUGGAAGCAGGGCUUAAAUCUGCCAAUGAAAAAGCGGGACACCUGGAAACCGUGGCAAUUUGUAUGAAGCAAAGGGUGCAGGAAGCUGUGAUCUGCAUAAGCUCAAAAGAUAAGCAGAUCACAGCACUUCAACAAGAAAACAUCAAAUUAUCUGAAAACCUGAAGAGAAAAGCAGUACAGGAAGCUGGCCUCAACUUAAAGUCCACAGAAGAUGGGAGAGCAGCACUUCAACAAGAAAACACCAGAUUAUUAGGACAAAUUAAGGAAAUGGAGGCAGCUCUUCUUGCUGAGUCGGCAAAAGCAAAGGAGGCUGAGAUCUGCUUAGCCAAACAAGUGCAGGAAACCAGUGACUUAAAGGCUGCUUUGGUCAAAAUGGAGAAAGAUCUGGAGGAACAGCAGCACCAGUGGGAGAAAGAAAAAUGCCAACUUAUGGCUAACCAACAACAAAGGGAUGAGGUGGAAGAGCUGAAAAUGCAGUUGGAGUUACAGAAAGCUGAGUUAGAACAGGAAAAUGCUUCUCUGCGUCUGAAAGAGCAGGAAAACAACCAAUUACAUCAGGACGCUGCAAGAAAAAUCAUGGAACUGGAAACGAGUCUGCUUGCUGAGAAAGCCAGAACAAAGGAGGCUGAGAUCUGCUUAGCCAAACAAGUGCAGGAAACCAGUGAAAUAAAGGCUACUUUGGUCAAAAUGGAGAAAGACUUGGAGGAACAGCAGCACCAGUGGGAGGAAGAAAAAUGCCAACUUAUGGCUAACCAACAACAAAGGGAUGAGGUGGAAGAGCUGAAAAUGCAGUUGGAGUUACAGAAAGCUGAGUUAGAACAGGAAAAUGCUUCUCUGCGUCUGAAAGAGCAGGAAAACAACCAAUUACAUCAGGACGCUGCAAGAAAAAUCAUGGAACUGGAAACGAGUCUGCUUGCUGAGAAAGCCAGAACAAAGGAGGCUGAUACCUGCUUAGCUGAGAAAGAGCAGGAAACCAGUGACUUAAAGGCUGCUUUGCUGAAGAUGGAACAAGAUAUGAAGAAGCAAACAAGGCUCUGGGACCGUGAAAAGUCCUGUCUCCUAAGCAAGGGAACGCUGCUCAGGAGUGUUCAGCAGCAGAACACUAUUAGAAAACUGGACGUAGCUAUUGAAGAGCUUGAGGAGGUUCUUUAUGAUGAAAGGGAGCAGUGGGAAACAGAGAAGUACUACCUUCGAAAGAAAGUUAAAGAUGCUCAGAAGACUCUGAAAGAGAUGGAGGAGGAGAAGAACAAAGUAACAGAGAGCCUUAUGGAGGAGCUCAAAAAUCUGCAACAGGAGUCGGAAAGAAAACAAAAAAAGAAAUCUUUAAGGAAAAGAAUUGUCAACCUCUUUAAAAGCCAUAAGUCAGAAAAAUAA